AUGGCAUCAGCCUUAAUGCGCAUUAACACUUUGGCGCUUCUACUGCUCCUGCUUGCUCAAGUGUCCACAUCGUGGAAACCUAAGUGCAGAAAGCUGAAGAGUUCUAUCACUGUCGACUGGAAACGGCUCGACAAGAAACUCUGGGUGCAGUCUUUGGUUACCAAACCUUACAAGGCCACCCAGUGCGUCUCAAGGUGUUAUCGUGGCCUACAAGGAAAAGUUCGCUUUAGGGGCAUAGGAGGAAAUGACGUGCAAACAUGGCACAUUAAGAGGGAGUACGAAAAUGGAUGGCAUAACAAGGACACAAUUGGAUUUAAGAAAGGUUAUCAGCCACACACGUAUCAAAUACUGGACACGGACUACAAGACGUUUGUGGUGGAACAUAUGUGCGAUUACUGGCGUGGCGACGUCGUCUCGGUCAUGUAUCACAAACCAGUGAAGAAGAUCCCGGAGAGCGUAAUAAAAAGGGCCAACGCGGCGAUGAUAAAUUCCGGAUUACGAGCCCGCAAGGUGACUUCGACGGACUGCAUGUUGAGUGGAAAAGGUCUAAGCGUAAAAAUCGAGCCAUGCCUCGUGCCAUCAGAGGAAGAAGAAGAUCCUCGCAAUCCAGCAAGGCUCGACCGUCGCAUCGGCCUCACAACUUGA